GAUUUUAUGAAGAUAAGUCGCCGAAUUAUAUGUUUCUAUUUAUAAUUUGUAAACUCAGAUCUUAGUUUUACUCAUACUGUCCAGCCUGGCGGACAGAAAGCAGCUAAGAUGAGCAGAACCUGUCUGACCCGGAAGAAGCAGAAGCUGGAUGAGUUUGAACUGCAGUAACCCGGUCUGAACAUCCUCUCAGGCUGCCUCUUUGUGUCGCAGGGGCGGCUAACCGAGCCAAAGCCCUGCCUCUGCUCUCAUUGGACCGGGCCGGCAAGAGGCUGUCAGCCCAUGUGGCGUGGCCAAGCACGGCACCGCAUAUUUAAAUUCAUCCGGUUAAACAAAAAAAAAAAAUUAAAAGACGUACAGAGAGGAGGAAGGAGAGCUGAGAGGGUUCCUGAAAACAUCACAGUUAUUAAGAAUGGAAGACGUAGUCAUAGCUGGGAUUUCGGGCCGUUUGCCAGAAUCGGACAGCCUGGAGGAGUUCUGGGAGAACCUCAUCAAUGGUGUGGACAUGGUGACAGAAGACGACCGGCGGUGGACACCAGGCCUGUAUGGUCUCCCCAAGAGGAACGGUAAACUGAAGGACAUCAGCCACUUUGAUGCGUCCUUCUUUGGGGUCCACCCUAAACAGGCCAAUACGAUGGACCCACAGCUUCGCCUCAUGCUGGAGGUGGCCUACGAAGCCAUCCUUGAUGGAGGUCUGAAUCCCAGCACACUGCGUGGCAGCAAGACCGGAGUCUACGUUGGAGUGAGUGGCUCAGAGGCCGGUGAGGCCUUCAGCAGGGAUCCAGAGGAGCUGCUGGGCUACAGUAUGACUGGCUGCCAGCGGGCCAUGUUGGCCAACAGACUGUCCUACUUCUUGGACUUCAAAGGCCCCAGCGUGACAAUAGACACAGCCUGUUCCUCCAGCUUGUUGGCUUUAGAAAAUGCCUUCCAUGCCAUCCAGCAGGGUCACAUUGAUGCAGCUCUGGUAGGAGGAGUCAACUUGCUGCUGAAGCCAAACACCUCCGUUCAGUUUAUGAAACUGGGCAUGCUCAGUCCUGAGGGAACCUGCAAGUCCUUUGACUCAUCAGGGAACGGAUACUGUCGCUCUGAAGCAGCUGUAGCAGUGCUGCUGACAAAGCGAUCAGCGUCCAGAAGAGUCUACUCCACCAUCGUCAAUGCAGGCAGCAAUACUGACGGAUACAAGGAGCAAGGUGUAACGUUUCCUUCGGGUGACAUUCAGCAGAUGUUGCUUCGUUCUCUCUAUGAGGAGUCAAAUAUCACACCUGAGCAGGUGGAAUACAUUGAAGCUCACGGCACUGGAACAAAGGUCGGAGACCCACAGGAAGUGAAUGGGAUUGUCGGAGUCUUCUGUCAGUCUAAGCGAGAACCCUUGCUUAUUGGGUCCACUAAGUCCAACAUGGGCCACCCAGAACCAGCUUCUGGACUGGCAGCCCUGGCAAAGGUGUUACUCUCUUUGGAGCACGGGGUUUGGGCUCCUAACCUGCACUACCACGAUCCAAACCCUGACAUUCCUGCUCUAACCAAUGGCCAGGUUCAGGUUGUUGACCGACCUCUUCGUGUCCGGGGAGGCAUUGUAGGGAUCAACUCCUUUGGCUUUGGAGGCUCAAACGUUCACGUCAUUCUUCGUCCGGCUGCUAAAGCAGCCAACUCAAAUCCACCACGGAUGGUUCCCAGACUGCUUCAGGCCUGCGGCCGAACAGAGACUGCAGUAAACACCAUUCUGCAAAAGGGAAAGGAGCACUCCACAGACGACAGCUUCCUGUCUCUGCUGAAUGGAGUGUCAGGAGCUCCCAGCAUGCCCUACAGGGGCUACACACUUCUGGGCGCUCAGAGUGACAUCAGUGAGGUGCAGAUGGGCCAGGCUGCAGUCAGACCUCUUUGGUACAUCUGUUCAGGUAUGGGGACCCAGUGGGCAGGUAUGGGCCGCAGUCUCAUGCAGCUGCCAGACUUCAAAAAGUCCAUUCUGCGUUCUGAUGCUGCUCUGAAGGACACGGGCCUGGUUGUGUCUCGUUUGCUCCAAGAGGCGGAUGAUUCAACCUUUGAGGACACUGUUCACGCCUUUGUUGGCCUCGCUGCCAUACAGAUAGCGCUCAUUGAUCUGCUCACAAAUAUGGGUCUGCAGCCUGAUGGCAUCAUCGGACACUCUGUGGGAGAGCUGGCCUGUGGCUACGCCGACGGUUCCCUCAGCCAUAACGAGGCCAUCCUGGCUGCAUACUGGAGGGGUCUCUGUAUCAAAGAGGCCAAACUUCCUCCAGGAGCAAUGGCUGCAGUUGGGUUGACCUGGGAGGAGUGCAUUGCUCAGUGUCCUCAGGGAGUGGUCCCGGCCUGCCACAAUGCUGAAGACACAGUCACUGUCUCAGGUCCUCAGGAGGCAGUCAGUGCGUUUGUGUUGGAGCUGAAAGAACAAGGAGUGUUUGCGAAGGAGGUUCGUAGUGCCGGUGUAGCCUUUCACUCCUACUACAUGGCCUCCAUCGCUCCCAACUUGCUGUCUGCUCUAAAGAAGGUGAUCAAAGAACCUCGGCAGCGGUCGUCUCGCUGGGUGAGCACCAGCAUACCUCAGUCUGAGUGGGACAGUCCUCUGGCUAUGUACAGUUCAGCUGACUACCACGUCAACAACCUGCUGAGCCCGGUUCUGUUUCAAGAGGCCCUCAAUCUGGUACCUGAGAACGCUGUGGUGGUGGAGAUAGCACCUCAUGCUCUGCUGCAGGCCAUCCUGAAGCGUAGCCUCAAGCAAUCAUGUUCCAUCCACCCGUUGAUGAAGAGAGGUCAUCCCAACAAUCUUGAGUACUUCCUAUCAAAUAUUGGCAAAGUCUACAUGAAUGGCAUCAACCUGGAUUCCAAUAGCCUACUCCCACAGAUGACCUAUCCUGUUCCUGUUGGUACCCCAAUGAUCUCUCCGUUAGUGAUGUGGGACCAUGCUCAAACCUGGGACAUCCCCAAAGCAGAACAUUUUAUCAGCAGUUCAGGAGGUUCUAAAUCUGCUACCAUCUACAACAUUGAGAUAAACCCAGAAUCAGCAGACAACUAUCUAACUGAACACUGUAUCGAUGGACGUGUUCUGUACCCCGCCACGGGUUACCUGGUGCUGGCAUGGCGCACCUUGGUGAGAAGUCGAGGGGUUGUGAUGGAAACAACUCCUAUCAACUUUGAAGAUGUGAUCAUCCACAGGGCUACCAUCCUGCCAAAGACUGGCUCUGUUCAAUUAGAGGUGCACCUCAUGCCAGCCACAAACAAGUUUGAGGUUUCAGAAAAUGGAAACUUGGUUGUGAGUGGUAAGGUGAGCAUUCUGGAAGAGGCGUCCCUGGAUUCAUUUCAUAAUCAUCUAAAUCAGCAGUUUGUUGGAAACUGUGACACCAAAAUGAAACUGAAGGCUGCUGAUGUUUACAAAGAGCUUCGACUUCGAGGUUAUGACUAUGGGAAGGCAUUCCAAGGCAUUCUGGAGUCCAGUAAUGCAGGAGACAGUGGGAAGCUGCAGUGGACAGGAAACUGGGUGACCUUCUUAGAUACCAUGUUGCAGAUGAUUGUGGUCGGCCUGCCAGGUCGCAGUUUGCGUCUGCCAACCAGAAUCCGCUCAGUUUGCAUAGAGCCAGCUUUACAUCAAGACAAAGUCUGCGAGUACAUGGAUGGAGUUCAAGCUGUGCCCGUUGAUGUGAACCGUUGCCUUGACAUCAUUGUUGCUGGUGGAGUCCAGAUCUCUGGUCUUCAUGCCACGGUGGCCCCUCGUAGACAGCAGCAGCAGAGGUCCCCCACACUGGAGGAGUUUGUGUUUGUGCCCCAUGUCCUGACAGAUGUCCUUACCACCAAUCCAAAACUCACAGAGCGGUUGAGACUCUGCAAAGGUUUAAUCCACAGACUCCAGCUGAAGUUGGCAGACCAUGGGGUCAAGCUGUCCAUUCCUGGACUACAGAGGGUGUUGGAUGAUUCUCUUCCCAUCCAAGACCUGUCGAGUCCUGACCUGGUGCGCCUGCUGACCAUCCUGUGUGGCCUGGAGCUGAAUGGGAACCUUCGCUCUGAGCUGGAGCAAGUGGUAAUGAAGGAGCAGGCCUGUCUGCUGCAGGACAGUCUGCUGCACGGCCUGCUGGACGACCCGGCUCUCAGACACUGUCUGGACCUGACCAUGGAGAACUGCACGCCUGGGAAGAUCAAAAUCGUUGAGGCUCUGUCAAAUGAUGGUCAGCUCUUCUCUCGUGUGGUGCCCCUCCUCAACAUCCAGCCCAUGUUACAUGUGGACUACACUGCCACAGCACCAGAUCUGGAUCUUCUGGACCCCCACAAGGAUGCUCUGGAGGAACUAGCUGUUGCUUCAGCACAGUGGAACUCUCUUACCCAACCUGCUCCUGGAGGUCUGGGCUCGGGGGCAGACCUGGUCGUGUGUAACCAUGCCUGGGGUCCUCUGAAGACAGACCCUGGACUGUUGGUGGCUAACCUGGUUUCUGCAGCUAAACAACAAGGGUUUGUUCUGCUCCACACUUUGUUGAAAGGGGAGACACUUGGAGAGAUGGUUUCCUUCCUCACCAGCUCGACUCAGAACAGCAACCAGUCUGUCCUGCUCACACAGGCUGAGUGGGAGAAAGUGUUUUCUGAGGCCUCCUUGGCACUGGUGGCUGUCAGGAGGUCAUUUUAUGGCUCAGUCCUCUUUCUCUGUCGCCAAAAGUCUGAGAGCAAACAGUCCCUGUACCUACCUGUGGAUCGCACUGACUUUAUGUGGGUGGAAAAACUCAAGGAAGUGAUGGCAGAUUCAUCGGAUCAUCUUGUGUAUUUGACUGCCUCACACGCCUACAGCGGGGUUGUGGGAAUGGUGAACUGUCUUCGUCAGGAACCAGGUGGUAACAGAAUACGCUGCUUGUUUGUGUCCAAUCUAAGUGGGUCCUCAGAGACACCAAGCCUACAGCCAGGCCAUAUGUCUGUCCAGUCUGUGUUGGAGGGAGAUCUGGUUCUGAACGUGUUCAGAGACGGACAGUGGGGAACCUUCAGACAUCAGCUGAUCUCUCACGAUCUGAAGGAAGAGUUGACGGAGUCUGCAUAUGUCAACGUGCUGACUCGAGGUGACCUGUCUUCUCUGCGUUGGAUUGCGUCACCACUCCGACACUUUGUCAGCAGCAGACCCAGCGUGCAGCUGUGUCACGUCUACUACAGCUCGCUCAACUUCAGAGAUAUAAUGCUGGCCACUGGCAAACUGCCACCGGACGCUAUCCCAGGAGACCCAGCUCUGCAGCACUGUCUGCUGGGGAUGGAGUUUUCUGGUCGGGACUCUAAAGGUCGGCGUGUGAUGGGGCUCCUGUCUGCUAAAGGUCUGGCAACAACUGUGGACGCAGAUGAACAGUUCCUCUGGGAAGUUCCUGCCACGUGGACUCUGGAGCAGGCUGCCUCGGUGCCGGUGGUCUACGCCACAGCCUACUACUCACUGGUGGUCCGUGGAAGGCUUCGAGCCGGUGAAACUGUUCUGAUCCACUCAGGCUCGGGGGGAGUGGGUCAAGCGGCCAUCACCAUCGCGCUCAGCAAGAACUGCAGAGUUUUUACUACAGUUGGCUCGUCAGAGAAGAGGGCCUACCUGCAGCAGAGGUUCCCUCAGCUGUCAGAUGAAUCCUUCUCCAACUCCAGAGACACAUCCUUUGAGCAGCACAUCCUGCUCCACACGCAGGGCAAAGGGGUGGACCUGGUGUUAAACUCUCUAGCUGAGGAGAAGCUGCAGGCCAGUAUUCGCUGCACCGCCAGACACGGACGGUUCUUGGAGAUCGGCAAAUACGACCUUUCUAACAACUCCCCCCUGGGCAUGGCCUUCUUCCUGAAGAACGUGGCGUUCCACGGCAUCCUGCUGGACGCCCUGUUUGAGGAGGGAAACAGGGAGUGGGAGGAGGUGUCCCAGCUUUUACAGGGCGGCAUCACCACAGGCGUCGUUCAGCCUCUGCAGACCACCGUGUUCACCAGGGACAACGUGGAGCCAGCGUUCAGAUACAUGGCUCAGGGCAAACACAUCGGCAAAGUCCUGCUGCAGAUCCGCUCUGAGGAACAAGGGGCAGCCCUUCAGCCCGCCUCCCCUCUGUCUAUCCCAGCUAUCUGUCGCACCUUCUGCCCCCCGUCUCACUCCUACAUCAUCACCGGAGGACUUGGGGGCUUCGGUCUGGAGCUGGCUCAGUGGCUGAUCGAACGAGGAGCCAACAAACUGGUGCUGACCAGCAGGUCAGGCAUCAGGAACGGAUACCAGGCUAAACGGGUUCAUGAGUGGCAGCAUCAAGGUGUUCAGGUGUUGGUGUCCUCGUGUGACGUCGGCACACUGAAGGGAACAGAGCAGCUGGUUGCUGAGGCAUGCACACUGGGCCCAGUGGGAGGUGUCUUUAAUCUGGCCAUGGUGUUAAAAGACGGCAUGUUGGAGAAUCUGACUCCUGAGCUUUUCCUUGAUGUUAACAAACCAAAGAGUGACGGCACCAUAAACCUGGACAAAGUAACAAGACAAACAUGUCCAGACCUCAAGUACUUUGUGGCCUUCUCCUCAGUCAGCUGUGGCCGUGGAAACGCCGGACAGAGCAACUACGGUUACGCCAACUCAGUCAUGGAGCGAGUAUGUGAAAAACGCCGUCACGAUGGUUUCCCUGGAUUAGCCAUCCAGUGGGGUGCCAUCGGGGAUGUGGGUGUGGUACUGGAGACCAUGGGUGGGAACGACAUGGUGAUCGGUGGGACCUUGCCGCAGCGCAUCACAUCCUGCCUGGAGGCGCUCGACUUCUUCCUGAACCAGCGGCAGCCGGUCGUGUCCAGCUUCGUGCUGGCAGAGAGGACUGUAGUGAAAGGCGAGGCAGGGAACCAGAAAGACUUGGUGGAUGCUGUAGCUCACAUUCUGGGUGUUCAGGAUGUGAGCAGCCUAAACCCUGACGCCUCGCUGGCUGACCUGGGCCUGGACUCUCUGAUGGGCGUGGAGGUUCGCCAGACCUUAGAGCGAGACUAUGACAUCGUCAUGGCCAUGAGGGAGAUCCGCCAUCUUACUAUUAACAAGCUGCGUGAGCUGUCCAAGAGCAAGCUUGAAGGAUCAAAUGAAUCUCAUCCAGCUGCAGACAAGAAGGAUGGCGUUCACGCGGUGUUGGCGUCUGACCUGACAGAGUUAUUAGUCAGCCCCGAUUGUCCCACAGUGGUACCCCUCAACACGGUCCAAAGCAAAGAGAGACCCCUGUUCCUGGUCCAUCCCAUCGAAGGCUCCACUGCUGUGUUUAAGAAGCUCGCCUCCAAGCUCACCAUGCCUUGUUACGGCUUACAGUGCAAUAAAGCUGCUCCUCUGGACAGCAUCCAAUCGUUGGCAGCCUUCUAUGUGAACUGUAUCAGACAGGUGCAGAAAGGAGGACCCUACAGGAUCGGAGGCUACUCUUUUGGAGCCUGUGUGGCCUUUGAGAUGUGCUCCCAGCUGCAGGCCCAGCAGCAACCUGUGGAGUCUCUGUUCCUGUUCGACGGCUCUCACUCAUAUGUGGCAGCGUACACCAAGAGCUACAGAGCCAAACUGACUCCAGGUAAAGAGUGUGAGGCUGAGACCGAGGCUCUGUGUGCCUUCAUCCAGCAGUUCACUGACCUCGAUUAUAAAAAGGUGCUGGAGCUUCUUCUUCCACUCUCAGACCUGAACGCUCGAGUCAAGGUGGCCGUGGACCUCAUCUCCUCCACUCAUAAACACAUCAACCCCGACUCGCUCAGCUUUGCUGCCUCUUCGUUUUACUACAAGCUAAAAGCAGCCGAUGGCUACGUCCCUGCUAACAAAUACCACGGCAGUGUUACGCUACUGAGAGCCAAAACCAGCAGCGAAUACGAACAAAACCUGGGAGAUGACUACAAACUCAGUGAGGUCUGUGAUGGAAACGUGUCAGUUCACGUGGUUGAGGGAGACCACCGCUCUCUACUGGAGUCUGAGGGAGUGGAGACCAUCAGCAGCAUCCUCCACAGCUCACUGGUCACGUCAAGGAAAAGCUAAACCCUCAGCCCGUCACUAGUUCUGCUGCAGAUUCCCAGGAUCUGCUGCAAUAAUCCAGUUUAAUCCAGACAGAACCGGGAUACAGUAACUGAACGGUAGAGCAGCUUUUCUAAUCUCAGUAGUUUACUGAAGAGACAAACAGCCCCACGUUUAAAAGCUUGUUUAUUUUAAAUAGUUUUUUAGGUUACAUGUUAGUAAUUUCUUUUUAAAUCAUUUCUCUUUCCAGAGUCAGCUGUAGGCAGGUUUACAUACAAGUCUGUUUUAUUUUAAUCCAUACGAAACACGGAAAUUAUAAACAAUAUUGAAUUUAUUUGUUACGGAUGAAAAACGAAACCUGUAAAAAUAAACUGGAGAUCCUCUUUAACGCACCACACAACCCGUCUGUGGAUGAAUUUAUAAAUAAAGGAACCAGAUCCAGACUUAAAUAUCUAUUUACUCAGUGGCUUGCUUUGAUCAUAAUCUGAUAUUUAUAACAAAAGUCAUUUCUCCACAUUUGUUUUCAAACAGACUUGAAAUUCCUCCAAGAUCUUUACUGGAAUUUGAGAGUGAAUUUAUGAAAGUUGAAUGGAAUGAGCUCCUUGUGGAUUAUAAUCCAACAUGUGUCCCCUUCAUAUUAAAAUAAUCAACCAAAACUGGUAUAAACUCCUGUAUGCUGAUGACAGCAGUUAGUUUCUGGUCAGAUUUGUGACGCUGUUGCAGAAAAGCCAGACACAGAUUUAGAAAAGGUUUACAUGCAUCACUUCUUAUUCUUAUCUGGAAAUAUCAAGAAAACAAAGACGAUCAUUCUUAUUGAAAACUAAACUUAAAAACGAACAUCAACAUUUUCUUUUUGAAGAUGAGGAUUGUUAUCAACUGUUAAAGAAUAACUUUUAAACAUCAUGUUUAACUUGACAGCCUGGUCUCAGAGCAAACAAGAUGUCAAAUCUGAGUUUUUUUUAAACAAAUGAGCUCAAAGAUUGUUCAUAAAACAUUUUAAAUUAAAGACGAUAUUUAUUGUUAGUCAAAAGUUUAAUGGGACUGUUUCUCCACAUCUUUUGGUAAAACAUUGUUCUCUUGAAGAAGUAAAGAUUUGGAAAUGUUUUUUCAUCAUUAUUAAAAAAGCUGCUAAAUUGUGCUCAAUUCAACAACAAACUUGUAUUCAUGUCUAGUUUUUAAAAAACGUUGUUUUAUUUGUAUAUCUUUGUAUUGCACAUUUAACCUGAUAGCAAUGUGCGCUGAAGUUCUUUUUGCUUUUUAGUUUUCCAGAAGCACUUUAAUGUGUAACGUGUUGCAAAAUGAGCUGUUUUUGUUCUGUCGCAGACACUGGACAGUUGCUGUCAACUUAUCUUAAAACCAACUUGUAGAAUAAAAAGAAACAGGAAUGAUCUAAAUGACAAAACAUCUUCUAGCAGUUGAGACACACAGGUACUGAACUGAGCUCUGGUUUUCCUCAAACUCAGUAGAAACGGUUCAGUUAAAAUGAGUUUAAACGGGUUUUCACAAACCCAAGUUUAAAUUAUCUGAACUGUCCCUUAAUUUCAGUUUCCAAACAGUUUCUACGAUGUUUCAGGAUUGUGAUUCUAUUCCUUUUUAACUUCUUCUGGUUUAGUUUCAGCUGUGGAUCCACAUGUUUUUACACAAGCUUUAACCCAUUAAAAAGUUACUGUCUGUAUGUUAUAGAUGAUAACAUGUUUAUCAUAGGAAACCCCCUGGUCUGGGUUCUUUCUGCUGUCCUCUGAGACUUCAUGUGGUCGGUGAAGAGGGACUGAAGAGAGAAGUAACAUGUUUGUUGUGAUUCUGUAGUGUUUGUAUUGAGUAAUAAAGCCCUCCCUGUAAUGACUCUGA